CGAUCAGUGUGUUCGCCGGCGUUCGUACGGCGAUUACACCGUCGACGCCACUGGCCCUGUUGGUCUCCGACGAAGUGUAUAUUGACGCGCGCGCGCUCGUUCGAAUCCAAGUGCGCCUGUCGAUGUCACGAUAAUAUAAUUUUAUUAAAGAGAAAAAAUUAUAACAACGAAUAAUUAUUAUUAUUGUGAAACGUCAAUUUUUGAAUAAAAAUCAAACGCGAAUAUUUGUUGUUUUUUUUUUACAUUAGUUGGAGCUGAAAGUGCGAAUUAAAAUUUUUCCUGAAAGAGUCAGCAUUUUUUUUCACUUAAAUUUAAAGUUUUUCUCUUUUCACGAUGGACGAGAUCGACCCGUCAUAUCAUCGUUUUAAUCCCAACUAGUCGAAAACGUCGAGUACACGGGAUUAUUGCACGCAUUAAUUUAUUGUAUUGCAUAUUAAUGUUAGUUGUACGCAUGUAAUAGUAUAUUCAAAUACCUUUAUAUUUUUAUUUCUAAUACGUGUACACGAAAUCGCCAACCAUGGGACUUAGCGGUAUUGCCAGAAGAUCAUCUUCCCCUAUUUCAGUAAAAAAGGACCGAGGAUCACCGUUGGUUGAAAACCGUGGGUCGUCGCAGAAAAUCAUGUUUCCACAAAACGCGUCCAGAGACGGCAGGUGGAAAAACUUGUACAACAGCGAAGCGGGCAGUGACGUCAUAUUUUUGGUCGGAGACCCCGAAUGUUGGAGGUUCCCCGCGCACAUAGAUGUGUUAUGUCAAUACCCGGUCUUUGACGCCAUGCUCCGGGAACCUUGGUCGAAAAAAGGCACCCCGAUCCACAUACCGGAUGAUGACCCUAGAGCCUUCGACAACCUACUCAAGUUCAUGUACAAGAACACGGUGGAACUGAAAUCCGUGGUGACCGCGCUGGAGACGCUUGGGCUGGCCAACAAGUACAUGUGCGUGGACCUGGUUAACGAAUGUAUCGUCUACCUAACUCGCAACCUGACCGUGGACACAGUGCUCAUGGUGUACCAUGCGGCCAGGCUGUACGGUGGACAGACUGCGCCACGCCGUGAACAGCCCGCCGCUUGUUCGCCAGUGGCCACGGCCCGGGCCACCGCGCCGCCACUACAAGACUUGAUGCCGGCGGCCGUGGCCUCCGACGACGUGCAUUCCGAGGCGUUCGCCCGCAUGGUCCAGCACUACGACACGUUGUUGGCGUACUGCGGCGCGUUCAUCGACAGGAACGCCGAUCGGGUGAUGACUGAUGAGAGCGUCGACGAACUGGAUACGGUCGAGCUCAGGGAACUGCUUCGUCGUGACGGACUUGCUGUGUCUAAUGAAAUGGUGCUGUUCACGACACUGGAGCGGUGGUGCACGCACAAGUGCAAACAGCAGCACUUAGAACUGACGGUGGCCAACCGACGGGCGGUGCUGGACGACACGGUGCUGCUGUCAGUGCGCUACCUGCAGAUGACGGCUAACGAGUUCCUGUCGGGCCCGAUGCCCAGCGGCCUGCUCAACGCCCAGGAGACGGCGGUGCUCAUGAAACACAUACUCAACCCCAAGCAACCGAAGUGGACGUGCCAGCGUUUGACCAAGGAAACGCUUGAGUACAUGGGCACGGCGCGGACGAGACGGAACCACGGAGCCGCGGGCGGGUUGUCGUACGUCAUCAAGCGGCGGUCUUCGUCGUUCAGAGGUACGGCGAGCGACCCACACCACUGCGGCGACGGCGACGACAGCAGUCAGUCGUCCGAGUUCGACUCGCCAAAGCGGUCGUUUUGCUGUACGGGCGGCAAAAAGAACAAGAAGAACAGCGGCGCCGGCAAGAAGAACAAGAAAAAGUGUACGGACAGCUGUUUUUGCAAUUGUCUGAUUUACUGUUUGGACGUGUGUUUCGGUUGAACGCGGCCCCCGGCUCUCUUCCCCUCCCCACUUCCACAACACCAUCACUCUACACACACUAUACACGCACUGACCUAAUUGUGCGUUAUAUAAUAUGUGUGCUGUGCGUGUGUGUGUGUCUAUAUUUAUAGAGAUAAAUUUAAUUUACCUUAACUCGAAGAAAAAAAAAACACAAAAAGAUCUCAAAAUAAUAAUUCUUUUUCCUUUUUGUCUAUAAUAAUAUAGUUAAUAUUAUGAUUACAAUAUAUGUCCAGAAUUCGUCCCUACGUGCCUUCCACGUUAACGGGGAUGCUGUGCGUAUAUUAUACAUAAUAAUAAUAUUAAAAUAAUGUAUUUAUAAACACUAUAUAUAUACUGACAUAUGGGAGUGGUUAAGGGCCUUCUUAGGACUUUAAUUUCUUUAUACUUUUGAACAAAUAUAACCAUUUAAAUAUAAUAUAAUAUAUUAUAUUGUGCAGUGCCUAUAUAUUAUUAUGAGGAGUCACGCGUACAAUAUUAUACGAAAAGUCUGACGAAUUAUUAUUAUUAUUAUUAUUUUUUUUUUUUUGCAAACGUAUACCACUCACUCAUAAUAAUAUUAUUAUAUUAUGUCAUUGUCAUAGACACACUGCACUCGCAUGUUGACGAUUAUUAUAAUUCCCAACGCACCAUAAUAUCAUAAUAUUGCUCUAUGAUAAUACGUAAUAUAUAUAUUAUUGUCGAUAAAUUAUUCGCAGUAACCGAGAUUCGAAUCAAUGGUCUAGUAUAAUAGUUAUCCUUUGUUAUUAUUAUAUUAUCACGCUCAACGAAAAUAGUUUUUCAACACAAUCUCUAUACGGUUAUACACACCUAUUGUAUUGUAACUUAUGUACCAUAUUAUAGUGCCAUACGUUUUAAUGUUAAGUUUUACUCUCUACGAACCAUACAGCACCGGUAGGCACUCCGUCUCUCGUUUCUUUCGGCCCGACCGUCGACAUAAUAAUGGUGAUAAACAAAAAAAAAAAAAAAAUGUUUACACAUUAUAACGAUAUCGAUAUGUGUAUGUAAUAUAAUUUAAUGUAUAAUAAAAUAUACCAUAGUCCGUCUCAAGUUCCCCGUGCACUUUUCCCGCGCACGAACACACCACCUCCAUAAGCGGUACGCACGUGCAGCAGCAGCAGACCAUAAUAAUAAUAAUAAUAUAUUAACACAUUACUGCGCGUCAAAAAUGUUCUCGUCCGCGCCACGCGGAAACCACUCUCGGCGGCUCGAUUAAAUUUUUUUUUUUAACGACAUUUCGCGCCAUAGUUACGUCCUAACCGUACGAUAAUAUAUAUAAUAAUAACGCCGCCACGGGUUAGGACCACAAUAACUAUAUUUAAUACCUAUUUUUUAUCUUCUAAAAAUUCCCCGCGCGUUCCGUUCCCCGCACAUAAAAUAUAUCCAUGCACACUAUCACCGGCAUGAUAUUAUACUAUAUACUAUCAUAUUAUAUAUGUUGUGUCAUUAUUACUCAUCUCACAUCGGCGUAUGCAUGUAGGUACCAAUAUGCUGCACGAGAUGAUGUUUUCAUCUUCUUGCCAUUCACGUCCGCCCGACCGACCUCUUACCCGCCCCAUUUCCACCGGCCGUGUUCUUCGCCGGACCGCACUAGUGUUUGUUUUCGCUUCGCACGCAAAAAAGUUAUUUGAAUUUAGUCACUAUCCUUUGAACAAAAAAAAAAAAAAGUAUACUUAAAUAGGCGACGUACGUGAUACGAUAUAUAUAUAUAUAUAUAUAUAUUAUAGUAUUUGUAUAAUAUUAAAUAAUAUAUAGUCAUGAUAAUAACUGGACGUAUCAUUCGACUUAUACCAUUCGUAUGUACGAAAUACAGUCACGAUAAUUAUUUACAUGUUUAUUAUAUAUAGAUACCAUUCAACUAUAUGUAUGCGCAUGGUUAGUACGGACAAACUAUAUUUUAUACUAUUUUAUUUUUAUUUUGUGAAAAAAGUGAUUUUUAUUAUUAUUAUUAUUUUUUUUUUUCCAUGUUAAUCAUCGUGUAUUGACAUAAACUGAUAUUUUUAUUGUUUCGUGAGUAAUUUUUAAGUGUUUUAACGUUUAAGUAUUUGUAUUUUUGCGUUUUUAUGAAUCGAGCUGUUAUAAUUAUUUACCUAUCGAUCGUGUUUUGUUGUUGCUGUUUACAUUUUAAAACUAAAUUACCGCCCUCAGAGCUUCCUCGAUGACCUUUCCCCCUGAAAUGUCUGUAUUAUUAUAAAUAUUACCAUAUUAUUAAGCCGUUAUAUUAUAUGUUUAAAUUACAUUUAAUACAUUUUUGUUCGAUAUUAUAAUGAUAUUAUGACCAUAAUUAUUAUAGUUUACUUUCGGGUUUAUAUUAAAAAAAAAAAAUUGUUUACCAUCUAAAUUCUAUAUGUAUUUGCGAUAAAUUUUUUAUAUUAAUUGUAGAUCAUCGUUUUUAAUAUUGUUUUUGCCGAUAUUUUCGGUAGUUGAAAUUUAAUGAUUAAUAUAUUAUUAUUAAACUA